AAUGAUUUCUACUCCAAUCUCGUUUCGUGGUCUCCUCGAACCAACAAAGUCUUGGUGGGUUUGGGCUCUAGUGCUUAUGUAUGGUCGACCGAUAACUCUGUUGCUAAGAUUGAGUACUCUCCCCACUGUGUCACUGUUUGCGUAUCUAGUUCUCAAGGGAUAUAUUCGAUAGUUACGACAGCAAAUGGUAAUAUAUUUAUAAUAAGCCAGGUUACAAAUAAAGUAUUGAAAGUCUUCAGUCAUAAUAGUUGUGUUUAUGUUGUUCAAUGGGUACCGGGGGCCAAUCUGUUUUUACUUGGGGAUGAAUUAGGAGUAGUAACUUAUUUUGAUAUAAACGAAUCAAAACCUGGUAUAAUAUCAUCGUUAUCAAAGAUCAGUAAACUAGAAUGCCAUAGACAACAAAUUUGCGGUAUAUAAUACCCAGAUGAUUGAACCUCACAUCUAUUUACUAACAUUGAAAUAGGAAUUCAACUCAAUAUGAAUAAUACAGAAGUAGCCAUUGGCGCCAAUGACAAUUGCUGUACAGUGUGGGAUAUCACUGAUAAAUUCAAGCCCAGCUUAAAGUUUAUUCUCCCCCAUUCAGCGGCAGUUAAAGCAAUGGCCUAUUGUCCAUGGACCAAAUCAUUAUUAGUCACUGGAGGUGGUACAAAGGAUAGAAAUAUUCGUUUUUGGCAUACCUCUUCCGGAACACUAUUAAGCAGCCAUUAUACAAAGGGCCAGGUCACCUCACUUCAUUGGUCGAUUUUCCGAAAAGAAAUCGUGGCUACCUAUGGGUUUGGUGAUAGUGACUCUCCCUUGAUAUUAGCAAAAUAUUCGUAUCCCAAUAUGGCUCCAUUACUUAUAGUUCCCGCCUCCCCCAGCUUAAGAAUACUAAGUGCUUCCACUUCUCCAAAUAAUGAUUCAAUCUGUGUUGCAACAAACGACUCUACAGUCCGGAUGUAUAAGCUUUGGAACCUGAGCCACGAGCUAAUCUCAAAUCCUAUUGGGUUGGGCUCGGGCAUCUAUGGAAGCAGCUUAAUUGAUCUACACGAAGGAAUGGGCCAUACUGGUGAUACCAUAAGGUAAAGCUAGCUAAUCUGAUAAUUACAUAGCUUAAUAACUCUCAGCUUAAUACACAGCUCUCCAUCUGAACCCCACGAAGCUUCACCUUAGUCUUCCGACCGUAUUACAGAA